AUGGUCGUCUCUGGUGACGGCAUCAUCCUUCCUGCCCUUGGACAAGAUGUGCAACUCGGCAUGCUGUACAACGUCCGCACAGCAGAACUGUUCGCAGGCAUAUCCCUAUGGGAUAACACUGUUGUCAAUAGCGAGCAGACCAAGGAUGAGAGCAAGGUCCAAAAUGCCGAGUUUUUCUAUUCUACAUCCAUCGAAGAUUCUCGCAAGAAGUCAGCCCUUGAUGUCGAGGGAUCUCUCGCUCUGGAUCUAAAGAUAAUUCAAGCAACCGGCUCCGCCAAGUAUCUGAGUGAUACCAAAUCUUCCACACACGAGGCACGUCUUGAUGCAUCAUGCACCGUUACUCGUUGGACACGCCGAAUUCCACAGGAAAUCCUCUCUUCCAUGAAAUAUCACCGCACCCUCGAUAAUCCUCGUUUUACACACUUUGUUGCAGAGGUGGUCGAGGGCGGAAGCGCAACUAUCAGUCUGGUUCGCUCUGCUUCCUCAGAAGAGGAAGCAAAAGAGAUUGCCGGAGACCUUAAAGCCACACUCAUCGGUGUCCCAGUUAAUGGCUCGGCCAAUCUGGAAUACAAAGAUGUGAGCGACGCUAACCGCGAGAAAGUCAAGAUCUCAUACAGUGGCGCCAUUGCUGAGAACGUGUCCACUUGGGAGGACGCUCGUCGUGUUGCAAACGAUAUGCCGACCAUGCUAGCUAAGCAGACCAACACGCUUUAUUAUAAGCUUCUUCCCGUCGACCUCCUUGAUAGCAAUGCAAGCCGUCUGAUUCGCAGCCUUGACUCUGGUAUUGUCAACAGAACAGCUGUAGCUCUCAAGACAGGAAUCACGGCUCGAUUGAGACUCGAUGAGUUGCUCCAACACCAAGUACUCCGCAACUGGUUCCCCAAGAUCAAAGGUCAAAUCCGCGGCCUACUAGAAUCCUUUUUGGAAGGCGAAUCGGACUUUACUGAAGCAGCACGUCGUCUCCUGCCAGAACUACGGGACGGUAAUACCGACUACAGUACUAAGAUUUCGGAGCUCCGAAGGGCUAUUUCUCUAUUUGAACAACGUGUUCGAAUCGCAGAACAGUUUGCAGAUUUGAAAGAGAAGGAACUAGACGUUCUUCAGUCAACAGUUUCCUCCAUGUUAGGCCAAGGCUUCCAAAACCAUCUAGGCGGGUUGAAACCAGAAUCCCUAACGACUGUUUCUGCCCCGCGAGUACUGUUAUCAUUUGGUGGAGGCCAGAUAAAUCGAAGUCGCCAUAUGUUGGAGAAAAAGAUGCAAUCAACGGAGCUAUGCGACGAUAGUACUGAUGAUGACAGCGAUGAUGAAGAGAAAGAGAAAAGUGAACAAGAGUGGUUUGAGAGUUCGCCGACUGUCAACGGCGUCAGAGCAGCCUGUGCAGAACUGAUCGGCUUGCGCCCAAGUGCCCCAGAAGAAGUCAUAUUUGGUGUGGCGAGUGUGGACAAGGCCUAUCGUGCGGGUGAAGAAAAGCUCGUGUCAACUCGUGUCGGAGACAUCAUACUUGGUUACAAUGAUCGAUUCACCAUUGUUACUGGCAUGCUCCCCAAAGCGCCAACGGCGCCCACGUUGACGAUUGACGAACAGGGAAUAGCUCUCUCGUGGGAAACAGACCAAGGAAGUGAACUGGAACCUGCUAUUCCGACAACUUCUUACGUGAUUCGCUACCGUCCUAUCCCUAACCCCGAGAAAGAUGGUGUCCUUCCUCGCAUUACAGCCGACGAAACAUUUAUCGAACUGGAAUUCAACCCGUCUGAGAGUUCCCUUAUUCCGAGAAAAAACGGCACAGGUGAUUCGUUGUUUGACGACUGCGAUUAUGAAGUCAUGCUCAACGUCAAGACGAUAAUAGGGCUCUCUAGUUGGAGUAUCCCUGCUGUUGUCCGGACACCUCGUUGGCCCUCUGUGGCCUCUAGGAUGCUAGAGUUCCAUGAGAGGAACCAUCAAGCAUUAUCCAACCCCAAUAGGAAAGGCACAAAGCCAUGGGAUAUGGACAAGGACACCGGCAACAGGACACUCUAUUUGGGACACACAACUAUCGUUGAUCGUAACUGUAGCGAUCCCCGCUUUCCAGACACUGUCGCAGUGCGCAUCGUCGACGUUGCAGCUGAAUUCGAAGCCAGGAUCCCUGCCGCAGAUCUCGCAGACAAGAACAACACUAUCGUCACUGUCUUCACAGGUCCCAGUGGCCACGGAAAGAGCACCCAGAUCAACGCUUUCGUUUCAUACUUGCUGGGCGGUGACUUUGAGGACUUUGCACGCAUCAUGAUGAUAGACGAUCGUGGUACCAGCCAGACAUCAUCGCAGUUUGUAACCUGCUAUCGCAUCAGACCCUUCUCCCCUCUAUUCCGAGGUAAAACGAUGCUUAUUGUGGACGCACCUGGCUUCGGUGAUUCGAGGGGCUACCAACGGGACGCUUUCGUCACGGUCGCCAUGUCAGACUUGUUUAGCACAGUUAGCCAUGUAAACGCCAUAUUCUUCACAUGUCGUGCAAUGGAGUCUCGAACUACCUUCCUGACACCUAUUUAUACAUACAUAUCACAGCUCUUUGCUAAAGAUGUUCAAGACUGUCUUGGAACUAUUUAUACUUUUGCCGAUUCUGGUAAACCGGCUGCACAUGACACGCUUCAGAAGCUCGGCUGGCCUGUACAGAAUGGCGAGAUCUCGGUGAACAACGCUGCGUUCACUGCCACACUGGACGUCACCGACAUCAAUCAUGUCCGGGAUAUGUGGCUUUUCUCCACAAGAGGACAGUUCCAGAUCAUGGACAGGCUUCUCAACACCACUGCCGUGCCUACCGAUUCCAGCGCUGAAGUGAUGCGAGACCGUGUUGAUCUUGAACAAAAGUGCUCGCUUACCGAACACAAGAUCUUCAAGACAGCACCCAAAGCGUGGAACCUGAUCGAAAACUUAGAUAGUCUCGCUGAUAAUAUUGGAAACGCCCCGGAUGCUGAAGUCUCCAUCACCGAAGAUCGGGUAGUAACACAGGAUCUACCUGAAGGUAAAGGUUCGACACGAUGCCUUCAUUGCAAUAUCACCUGCCAUGAGAUCUGUCCGUAUAGCAAUGAUGAGGACAUAAGGUACUGCGAGACUUUCAAAGAUGAGAAGUGUACUGUUUGUCACUGCCACUGGACAGAACAUUGCAACAUGAGAUAUAUGAUCAGGACGAAAAGAGUUACUCGCACUAUGAUUCCAGAAGAUAUGAUCAAAGCCUGGAGCGACAAAACCAAUGAGCUCGAGACAUCACUCCUCGGUGCUAUCGACGCUUUCCUCGAGCUACAGCAAGAGCUCCGAGAUGAGCUUCUCGAUCUAUCUGAGUUGACUAAGAAUGUCAUGACCAAGGCAUUACUCCACGAUCCUUCAGCUUUCAUCGACUACAUGUACAGGUUGAUCCAUACCGCGCGCGCGUAUAGCUUUCCUCCGGCAAAGCUAGUCCAAUUCGCCACAGCCAAGAACACCCUGUUGUUGCUUCAAAAGGUCAAAGAGCAAGGGAGCGCCGCGGCGAUUGAACCAGAGGCGUUACUCAGUAUACUAGGGAGUGUCAGGACAGAAAUGCAUCGCAGGAUGCAACUUGAGAUGCACCAACGAGUGCGUGAGGAAAAGGUUCCAUGCAGUCUUUACUAUACUCUCUACGAGAAGCUUCCCCCCUCUAUCAAAGACAAGGCCCCAGCGCCUCUUGGAGAAAAGGGCAUGUCGGCCCCAGGGGAGCUUUAUCCUGCGAAUCUGAAGUCGGUGGUGUUACUUGUGAAGACCGUGCUUAAAGACGGUGGUUAUGUUGCAACACUUGCGGUCAAAGGGUAG